AUGAGCUGUGUUACUUCUCCAACAUUUCCUAUUCUAUUAAAUGGUGCUCCAUAUGGAAGUUUUAAGAGUGGUAGAGGAUUGCGUCAAGGGUAUCCUCUAUCUCCUGCCUUAUUCAUCAUCUGCUAUCAAGGGCUCUCACUUCUAAUGGAGAACCUUGAAUUAAAUGGGCUUUACAGUGGUUACAGAAUCAAUGUUCAAAGUUCAUCAAUAAGUCAUCUGAUGUUUGCAGAUGAUUUAUUCUUCUUUGGGAAGAACUCUGAUUCAAUUGCGGAUCAUCUAAAAUAUAUGUUGGAUACUUAUGCUUCUUUUUCAGGACAGAUAAUAAACUUUAUGAAGUCUUCCAUUCACUUCAGUAAAGGAUCUGGAAACAAUAUACGUAUUUGGCAUGAUCCAUGGAUUCCGGGGAUACCAGGUUUCAGACCAUCAAAACUAUCAAAUUCAACGGUGGACGUCACAAGGGUUUCUGAUCUUAUUAAUCAUGAAGAUAAGUCAUGGAACUUGGAACUUCUUUCUCAAGUUUUCCCUCAAGACCAAGUCGCAACAAUUUUGAAUAUCUAUAUUCCGUUAGAUACUGAGAUAGAAGAUAAACUUAUAUGGCUGAAAACUCCUUCCGGUGUCUUUUUUUUAAAAUUUGUUUACAAGCUUCUAAUGGACAAUACACCAACAAGUUCUUCAGAAGCAGAAUUUCCAUGUAAAUUAUUUUGGAAAAAGAUAAAGAUUCAACCCAAAAUACAGAUUUUCAUUUGGAAAGUUCUUCACGAGGGUCUGGCAGUAUAUCAUAAUCUCAGUAAAUUCAACAAUCAAAUUACUAGUGCAUGUCCUUUGUGUAACUAUGAAGAAGAGACGAUAUUCCACCUUCUUUUUGAAUGUCAAUUUUCAGUCGCAGUAUUACAGGAAAGUCCAAUUCUUAUAGAAGUAUUGGCUGGUUCGAGCUUGCGACAAAUUAUUCAACAUUGGCUUUUAUACACUGAUCAAGGUAUCAUGCUGAAUUUAGGUUCUUGCAUUCUGUGGAAUAUACGGAAGAUGAGGAAUGAUCUAGUCUUCAACAACUCUCAACCAUCUGCCUCUCAGUGCAUUCAGAAGGCCUUACAGGAUUUCAAGAUAUUUGAUCUUCAUAAUGCCUUAAAUUGCUGCACCAAUAUUGCAGUCAAUGAGAAUAAUGCAACUUUAUGGGAACCUCCUCCAAACUGUGUAAUCAAAGUCAAUGUAGAUGCAGCUUUCAACCAUGGAGAUGCUGCAGCUGCUGUCGCAAGAGAUUCUUUUGGGAACCAGCAGUGGUACAAUUUGUUUUAA